AUGGUCGAGGUCUCUCUUACCGUAGGAAAACUUGAUGCAUCGCUUGCAUUAUUACUCACACAGGAUCAUCACCUGAUUGAGUUCCCUACUAUUCUUCUGCCAGAUGGAAUAUCGGCUGGAUCUAUCGUUAAGAUCCACUGCGAAAGAGAUCUCAAGCAGGAGGAAGCUGAGGAUUCGACCUUUGAUAGGCUGCAGGAAGAGAUUUUCAACACUUUUGGCAAAAACGAACCAAAAUGUCCUCAGCUCAAAAUUGUUAACGUUACCCAAACAUCCUGCGUUCUUGAAUGGGAGUCAUUGGAGCUCGGCACAGCUGAGUUGAAAUCUCUCACACUGUACAAGAAUGGAACAAAGAUAGGGCAAAUAAGGAGCCCUUUGUCAAAAAAAAACAUCAAGUUAAGUGGGCUGCCGGUUGAUACCCAGUAUAAAUUUCAUUUGAAGCUCGAGACCAGUGCUGGCAGCUACCUCUCGAACAUUAUUGAAUUGAGAACUCACAAGAUGACAGAUUUGAGCGGUAUAACCGUUUGCAUUGGGGAGAUUGAUUUUGAUAGUGAGCCGUUUACUUUGCAAGACAUAGAACAAUCACUCAACAAAAUUGGAGCAAGGCCGAUAUCGAGGGAGGUGAAAAUUGAUACGACGCAAUUUAUAUGUACUCGCAAAACAGGUUCUGAGUAUGAAAAAGCGAAAUCACUCAACAUUCCUAUCGUACGUCCUGAGUGGCUGAAGGCUUGUGAACUGGAACGUCGGAUUGUCGGUGUCAGCAAGUUUUAUCUAGACUCUGAAAAUCCUAUUUGGAAGGAGAAAGAGUUUUGGGACUCAACUAGAUCUGAGGUAGACCAAAGCCAAAAUAGGGUGCAGACUGACAGCACUAAUGAAAUCAAUCCGAACUCAAGAGACAGGAAUGGAAAGAACACAAUCGAUCCUAGGGAGAUGUUUGAGGAACGGCUUAAUGAAGAGAAAGAACCAACUAGUUCGAAAGUCGACGUCGAGGGGACUUCAGUGGAGGCAGAAACUCUAGUAGAAGAAAAGGAGAAAGUACACGCAUCAAAGCUCACUGAAUCAGGCUCUCCUAUUGACAAUGAUAACGGCUCAAAUCAAGAGGAAACUGAAGAAGCUCAGGAAAAAGACAAUUCUCAUGAUGCCAACGAGGUUUCUGAAGAGACGAUGAAGUGGCAUGACCAUUCUUCUCUAGCAGAGUUACGAAAUGAAGGCCUGAAUCAAUGCAUACAAGAGGACAAAAUGGAAGUAAACUCACGAGACAUGAGUCAGACCUCAUUGAAUGAUAUAUCAGAAGUGCCAGACACCGCUGUCUCUAACGAUCAGCAUGGCAUUUCUGAUAAUUUUGAGGGAGAAAAUACUAAGUCUGUUGAAUCUGUUUCUGAACAGGGCGCUAUUGAAAAGCCCGAGUUCUCUGCCGAUGCAGAGACUACCAACCUACAAAGUAGUGGUUUAGAGUCUUCGCCUACGAAACUUGAUCAAAAGCCAUUAGAAGAAAAUGAGCCGCAAGAAUUAUCCAGUGUCUUGUCAGAGAAGAAGAACAUAGGCGGAAAGAGGAAGAAAAACAAAAAGAAAAGGUAA